AUGUCUGAUCCUUUGACCCUCGCCACCAGCGUCGCUGGGCUCAUCACACUCGCGGAGAUUGUUUUCAGCCGAACUUUCAAAUACGUCAAGGCAGUCAAGGAUGCCCCUAAAGAGAUCUCAGUUUUAUCUUCGGAGCUUGGUGCUUUGUAUGGCAUGCUUAAUAACCUUCACCUCUUGAUCAGCCAGCUUGAAGAUGAAAGCUUUGAUGCAACUGUCCAGACACACCACCUCAACGCGUGCAAUGUAACGCUCGGAAAUGUCAAGAAGAUCCUAGACAAGUACGAACUUUCAUCAUCUGAAGAGCACAGACUCAAGAGGUUGAGGAUGAGUCUAAAGUGGCCCUUUUCAAUCGGGCAGGCUAAGAGUCUGGUCGCAGAAAUUGAAAGACAUAAGUCGACGAUCUCUCUUGCCCUGGAUACUGAUGGAUUCAAAGGGAUUCUCCUCUCCUUAUCCAGACAGGUGGGUAUGGCCAAAGACUUGCGGGAAAUCAAGGGCGAGCUUGAGCAGAGGCGCGAAGCUGAGACCCGCAUUACUCUGGACGCAGAACGCCAGAAAGUCCUCGAAUCUAUCGGACCGACUGGACCGCAAGGAAACCACAAAGCGGCGUUGAAACUCCGAUAUCCUACGACAGGCUUGUGGUUUACCGAGGGUGAAGACUUCAAAUCUUGGAUGGACACUCUUGGCGCAAACUUGUGGCUUUAUGGCAUACCAGGAGCCGGAAAGACAGUGCUGGCAUCUGCAAUCAUCCAAGAGGCGCUUGCUGCAACAGGUCGUCACGUAGCCUUAGCUUUCUUCUAUUGCGACUACAAAGAUAUUGCAACGCAAGAGCCUGCUAAUAUACUCGGAUCGUUGGCAAGACAGAUUGCUCAGCAAGAUGAGCAAUCUUUCGAGAAACUGCAAGCUUUCUACAAGCAGCAUGGUUUCGAAAGCAGAGGGCCAAGAAUAUACGAAGCAGACGAUCUUUGUCGCCUGAUUGUCGACAUGACAUCGUUCUUUGACAGUACGAUGAUAGUAGUCGAUGCACUCGAUGAAUGUGGACCACAAACUCGUACAGUCGUCGAAAUGUUAACAAGUUUGAUUUCUGAUGAUGAGACAAAUACAAUCAAAAAGUUGUUCCUUAGUAGGGAUGAAAUCGAUAUUAGGGAGCUUCUAAGCGACUAUGCGAUGGUCUCAAUAGCUGCACAAAGUAGCGACCUCAGACUGUACGUUGGAGCUGAGGUCGACGCCAGAGUACGUAGUAGGCAGCUCCGGAUGAAAGACAGAUCUCUAAAAGAAGAGAUCUUGGAGCGAUUGGUGGAUGGUGCAGACGGAAUUGACAUGCUCGACCAAGAAGCCAUUCCAGAAGAAGAUGAAAUCCUCCGUCGCUGCAGCAGCUUGAUACGGAAGAAUGCGGUGCGGGACGAACUCGAAUUGGCCCACUUCACUGUAAAAGAGUAUCUUGACACACUCGACUGCAGUCCUCAAAGCGAAUUCGGAAGAUAUUCUACCAACUUCACGAAGUGUGAACCUGAACUUGCGCUCACGUGUCUGACCUAUUUGAAUCUUGAUGACUUUGCUAGCUAUGGCAUCGUGGAUGAACUGACAAUGGAGGAGCGAGCCAAAAAGUUUCACUUCCGGCUAUACGCUGUUGAAAAUUGGGCAGACUAUAGUCGCAGUCUUUUGACGGAUACGGACGUAUUUUCGCUUUCCAAGAAGCUCUUUGAUCCUUCCAAAACGAACAAUUUUUUGUCUUGGGCUCAGGAAGUCUACCACUAUCGAACAAAUGGCCCAUAUGACUACUCUCUGUUGUCAAGCUGUACCCCAUUACACUUUGCUGCAAUGCUAGCCCUUCCUCAACUUUGUAGCUGGCUCAUUGAGAAUGGUUGUGGCGUCAAUGAUGACAGUGAUUUUGGCUAUCCACUCCACACUGCUAUAUUGGGAGCAAUGUCACUCGAUGAAUCUAUUCACAUAGAAGACAUUGUAUGGAUGAGGUCAACAGACUUACAAUUUGUGCGAGAUCAGACCGUUGAAAUUAUUCUGAAAGCUGGUGCUGAUGCUAACAAGUGUUACUCUCUUGCAGAUGGUAAAACGACACCCUUACACAUGGCAGUCAUUUCUGAGCAAUUAGUCAUAUUUCAGAGUCUAGUGACACACGGAGCCUGGUUCGACGAAGAAUUAGCUAGGUCACUACAUGGUAGGAUCAGCGAAGAUCUCUGGGACAACGAAUUCAUUUUAGAGUUGAUACAAUCGCUCGGGCUAGACGCUAAACAAUUCUCCAUUAGCGAUAAAGCUACACGUCCAAACCUUCAUGAAGUAAAGAAUCAGAGUGCAGCCAGAGAUCCAGCCGCUGCCCUCAGAAUUGUGGCUGAAUUUGGACUACUUGUUCAAAUGAAGAGUCUUACGCGAGAUGAAGGGCUGGAAAUCGACAAGAAGGAUAAAUCAACGGGUCUAACUCCUUUGCAUAUUGCUGCAAGAUCAGGUAAUGUCGAGAUUAUGCAGCAUCUAUUAGAGCGAGGCGCAGAUCCCAAUGUCAAAGACCUGCAGGGGAAAACUACGCUGCAUCAUUCUGUGAGACGAGGAGGAUCUCAGUGUCUAGCCUUACUCUUGCGGCAAGACAUUGACCUUGAUUCAAGAGAUUACGAAGGGUCUUCUGUGUGGCACCACGCCACAGCUGAGGACAAUGCAGAAGCCCUAGACUUUCUUUGGAAUUCCUCUUCUUCCAGGUCGGGCCCGAACAGAAGUGUAGACAGAAUAAGCUCUCUCACUCAUAAUCUGAAAACGCAUUGCGGCCUAUCACCUUUACACACUGCUGUGGAGAGUGGCGCAAUGGACGCGGCUCGAUGCUUGUUACAUUACGGAUUUAAUGUGAAAGCAGCCACAGAUGAUGGAUCAACGAUACUCCAUUAUCUCGCGAGCGGCAACGAGGAUCUAAUUGACUAUGGUAUUGUCGAUAUCCUUCUAGCUAAGGGUGCAGACCCUUGUCAAGCGCGCCUAGACGGUGAAACAACAAUUCAUCUCAUGGUGGCUAGCGAUAGAUGGCCAAGCAAAAAAAAGAUUGGCUUGAUGAACCUACUUCUUAGCUCCGCAGCGACUGUAAAUCAAUCGAACUCGCAAGGUCUGACUGCACUGCAUCAUACCUGCUCCUUUCAGCCUUUGGACAUGCAAUACAAUGAAGAAUACAGGAUUGCAGUGUUGGACAUACUUCUACAUAAGGGUGCAGAUCUAAGUCUUGUGAAUUACAGUGGUGAUACCGCCUUUCAAGUCUUGGUGAAUUCCUGGGAAGCAGCUUGUUUGACACCAAACGAAAAUGAACAUGACAAGGAAAGGAUACCCCAAACAUGUGCUAGUAUGUCUAGCCGAAUUCUCGAUUCUGUUCCAUUGGAAGACUCGCAGACUAACACUUUCUUUCCACGGCAUUUACUCUUCCUGUCGCUAUGGUAUGGCUUUGAGAAGCUAGCCACCCGGAUCAUCACACAUCUCUCCGAUCUCAAUGCAGAUUCUCUUAAGGUGUCUGGCAUAACACCCCUUCAAGCCGCUUGUCUCAAAGGCUGCUCUUUGACUCUUCUGAGGCAAUUCCUUCAGAAAUCGAGCACCGAAGAGGGCACAGCGUUUCAGACCAUGGACUUGGUUCACUUCGCCUGCAGAAACAUUGGGCUCACCGGGCCUGCAAUAGUGGCUGAACUUCUCAGCAUGGGCUUUGAUGCCAAUGCUGCUUCCCACAUAUACUCAGGGUCGGGCAAAACACCCUUGAUGGAAGCAGUAGCAGUGGGAAAUUUAGCUGUUGUAAAAGUCCUUCUUUCCCAUGGUGCGACCGGAUCAAGGCAAAAUGUAUUUGGUGCAACCAUGCUACAUUAUGCAAGAGAGACAUCUCUUGUCGAAUAUCUCAUCCAGAAUGGCCACGUUGCUGACAUUGACGCCAUUGACUACGGUGGACGAACCUUGUUACAUCUUGCAGCUAUAGAAGGAGCUUCCGGUCUGGUGACUGUCCUACUUAGAACAGGAGCAGCCAUAAAUAUACAGGACAAUCAGGGGAAAACGCCUCUUCACUUUGCCGCAGCUUGCGGUCACUUAGAGGUUGUCACGAUCUUGUUGAACCAUGGUUGUGCCCUUAAAGUCGUAGAUCAAUCGAGACUAACGCCGGCGCUCAGUGCACAAAGUCACGGCCACUUUAGCGUCGUAGCAGCGAUAGAUCAUGCUAGCAAUCAUAGAGCACAGCCCUCAAAUGAUCCUGAAGAGCGAGUAUACACACCUUUAGAAAUAAUGACUAGCGCAGGGUUUCCGUCAGAAGGCUUGAGACUGGCAAUUGACAAAGGCGACUUAGAUCUUUGUCAUCAGCUUGUUGAGCUAGGGGAGAAUCUGAACUCUUGUUUUCGGGCAGUUCCAGCCUGUAACCCUCUUGACUAUUCGUUAAAUCGAGCACGACCGACGAUCGCACGGUAUUUUGUCGAGCAAGGUGUCUCAAUCGGCGGAAAAUCUCGCUCUUCCUGGCCUACCGUCGGCUUCACAUGUUUCCAUCAUGCAGCAGCACAUGGCUAUUUUGAUGUUCUGCAGGAACUUCUCAAGCGCUCAACAAACACACCACCUCAUCGAUUGAGCCCAGACCCAGCUCACCUUGCAUUAAUUAAUGGACAUAAUCAAUGCGCUAGGAUUCUCAUCGAACAUGCUAAGAAGUUUGACGACUUCGAGCCCAAUCAGCAUAUGGACAAAACAAGUAUUAAUCAGCUAGGAGGUCUCUAUCCAAGAAUGUCAAAUUAUUGGUUGACAAGCCCAACUCUAUUGCACACCGCCGCGGAAUAUGGUAAUAUCGAAACCCUAGAUAUGCUCCUGCGCUUUGGCGCCGACCCUAAUUGUGUAAAUAAACAUCAACAGACGCCAUUACAUCUCGCGACAAAAUUCGGUCAUGUGAAUACAAUGAGGCGGCUUUUGCAAGCAGGAGCGAAUCCAUACGCAUUGGAUAUGUACCUUGGGACCCCAUGCUUCUACGCUACAUCGAAAGAUGCAUUCGAAAUCUUGGUUACUGUAGGUGUGGAUCUAGAAGCGCGAGACUUGUUUCGGCGCAAUAUCUUACAUAAAGCGGUGAUACAAAAGAGCUGGACUUCUGUACUUCUCUUCCUAACAGGAAUACCAAUUAUCAAGCUGGAACUAGAGAAGGAGGACACGGACGGGCUUUCAAUUUUUGGUACGAUCAUGUUCCAAGCGCCUUCGCGGAUCACGACAUUUCUUCUACAUGCCGAACUCGACGCCAAAGUUUACUGUCCUCGAAACGAAAACGUUCUGGUGCAAGCACUGAGAAACGAUAAUUUCUCACCAAAAAAAUACAAAAUGCUACUACGGAGAAUUCCACCAGCAAUCCUGCCUACGCUCCUAAUGCACCGGCCGCGCUUCGGUGGAAGCCCCCUCUACGCUGCAUCAACUAUCGCCCCUUCUGAUUCACAGAUUGAGUACCUAAAGAUCUUGCUGGACGCAGGAGCGGCAACUGAGCAUGAGGGCGGCGACCAUGGAACCGCUUUGAUGGGCGCUUGUGCAACUGGACGGCUUGCUGUUGUCAAAUUUCUCGUAGAAAAAGGGGCAAAGAUAUGCUAUACAAAGGACGGGAAAGUGACUAGCGGACUUCUUGCUGCGAAACACUUUCCUGAGAUUAGGCGAUGGUUGCUUGUUGGGAGAUUCAUGGAGGGACCGAAGUUAUUGGAGAUAUGCAGUGGAAUUGGCGGGGCCAUGGUCCGUCAAACCAACCCUCUGGUGGUCCGUCUAUGCCCAUUCAGCAGCUGUUGCUUUCCUGCUCAAGCCUCCUUAACAGUGCUCUGUUCUGUCAACGGACAUCUGGAGAGCUUCUACUGGAUAUAUUUGAAUGACAAAGUUGAGGGCACCGUCAGGGUAGACAUGACCUGGACAACUGACGGCAGCGGAAUAUUGAGCUCAAGGCUUGACGAAGUCGAGCUCAAUGGCGUCCGCUAUCUACUUGAGCCGGUCAAAUCAGUCGUGACAUUUGGAGCUCUACUUGAGUCGAUUAAAUCAGCCAUGCCGGUUCCAGGUCAGGACUCGAUCGACAUUCCGACCUUAAGUACGAUCUUUGACGUGGGCGAACAAGAGGCCUCAAUCGACAUUGCAUGGGCCGAGCGACAUCUUAAAGAGCUCGAAAUGGACGACGUUUUCCAGAAAGAGUUUCUCUCUACCGUCAUACUAAACCGCAAACCAAAGAACAUACCCUCCGAAAUCGUACAGUUUCUUCAGGAACAUGGAAUGAGAAUUUUGCACGUUCUGCCGGAAAGCAAGCCAAAUAUCUCAGCACCAGACCCAGGUCCAUACAUCUUGACGACUACGGGCUUGUCGAGGCCAUUUAGACUUUAUCCCGACACUCACGAGGCGUUUUUUAUGGCUAGGAAGUACCUCGAUACGCCUGGUGUGAUGGGACGCGAUUUGCAGAAAUGCCGGGACUUUGCUGCUGCUUGGUACGAAGACUAUAUCCAUGACCCGAUUGAUAAAUUUACCUCUAUCUUGUGGCCCAAGGACUACUGGGCCUUGGUACACCCUGAGCAGCGUCAGCUGGCCGAAAAAUUCAUGGUCACGAUGACCACUCGCCUGGACGUAAAGCGAUCCGAGUUCUCUUUGCAGGAAGAAUGGAAGAAGAGCCCUCCUCCAGAGGCAGGGGGAAGCUCACUCGACGAUUAUAUGCUUAAGGCAACACAAGACAUGUGGUACGAUGACUACCAUGCUUUUGACGAAUUCAGGGAGAGAUACUGGGCCGAGAACGAAAGAGCCCCAUAUAUCACACCUCCUACGCGCUCUUCAUGGGAAUCAUGUGCAUCCAUACAAAAAGCCGACAGAGACGAAGCUGCAAACAAGGUAGACAUUUUCCGCAAAUGGUUUCGCCAAGUGUUUUUCACACACGAGAAACCGCUUUUCAUAAUGCCCCUUGAAAAUGUGGGACCACGAUACAGGGACGACCCUCCGCACUUUCAAAGACCUCCUACUGGUGUUCACACUUUGCUCCUCGCUUCACUCGCGGGCUCACCAGAAAUUGCAGUCCCAAGCAUCAUGGGCGUACCAGGGAGCGACCUGGUUCUAAUGGACACCUUGUUGGACUGUUUGAGAUCGGCUGGUAAACCAACAUCGGUUCUACCGGGCAGUGACAUGUUUGCGCAGCAAUAG